AUGAACUUUGUUGUCUUUGCUACUGUGCUUGUUGCGCUCGUUGCCGCUGUCGCUGCCCAUCACGGCACGGCUGUGUGCUACUACUCGGCCGCUGGCCCCUCCUCGAUUAUUGUCGAGCUGUCCGACACCAACACCACCGCCCAGACCACCGCCCUCACCAACGGCGCGUGCGCCUUUGUCGAGGACGGCCCCAUCGGCUCGAACGUCCAGAUCAACGUGACUGCUGCCGGUGCCUCUGUCGCCACUGCCACCGCAUCGCUUGCCCUCACCGACCGCGUCUUUGUCUUUGGCAAGACUGGCCCGGCUGACACCACCGUCGACGUCGACGUCCUUUCCGGCGCGCCCGACUCUAGCGGCUUCAAGAUGUACACGGUCAACUACGGUGUCACCGCUGGUGUGGUUGCGUCGUCUGCCGGCUCGCGCGAUGGCACCGUCGCCUACGGUAGCGCUAUUGCUGCCACCCUUUCCGGCACCGCGGCGAAGAUCUCCUUCACCUGGGAGGCCGUCAACGGCACCUCCAGCAUCCCCGCCUUUGAGAUCACCGGCGCCCAGCUGAACGCUCUCAAGGGCAAGGCCUACUAUGCCGCCAUUACUGCCGACUCGACUGGCAAGCUCUCUGUUGUCAUGACCGACAACCACGGCGAGGCCGCGACCAAGCCGUCGACUUCGGCCGCCUUCACCGCCAUCCCCUCGGUUGCUGCCACCUUUGUCGUCGCCACCAUCGCUGCUAUCGCCGCCCUCCUCUAA